AUGUACGUCUCACCCCAACUUCGAGCUAUUUCACCGUCUCUUGAAGAUAUAACCACUAAACUUUCCUUGCAUAGGAAGUUUGGAAAGCAAAUCCAGAAAAGGCAGCUCGAAGUGCCCGAGUAUGCAGCUAGUUUCGUCAAUUAUAAAGCUCUAAAGAAGCUCAUCAAAAAGCUUUCUGCUACACCUAUAAUUCUCGCGCAAAAUGAUCUUCAUCGUUCAGCACCGGUCCUCGAUUCCCAGGCCGCAUUACAAGCUAAUAAGGCCACCUUCUUCUUCCAACUGGAACGAGAACUUGAGAAGGUCAAUGCCUUCUAUCUUCAGAAGGAAGCCGAGCUUAAAAUUCGGCUGAAGACUUUACUAGACAAGAAGAAGGUCCUCCAAUCACGUAGCCAAAACACUUCAACACGAUCUGCGAAGUUUACCACAUUAGAAGAAGGCUUUCAACAAUUUGGCAAUGACUUGAAUAAGCUUCAACAAUUUGUCGAGAUAAAUGGUAUGGCAUUUUCCAAGAUCCUAAAGAAAUGGGACAAAACUUCCAAGUCGAAAACGAAGGAGCUAUAUCUUUCGAGGGCAGUUGAGGUGCAACCAUUUUUCGAUGCAACUGCUAUCAGUGAAUUAUCCGACCAGGCCACUGUGAGCUUACAGGAGCUUGGAGCUUGGUCCGAAGGCGAUAAUGUCAGCUUCGAAAGAAGUCAAGAACAUAUCGUGAGUAGUCAACACUUACUAGGUACCGAUGAAGGUGACGCCGAUACAUUAUUAUUGGAAGCCGUCAUUUCUGGAAACCUUGACCCUUUGAAAGAUCUACUUCAACGUAUGAAGAUCGCACCAGAUCUCAAUGGUAAUCGGGAUGUAGCAUUGAUGGAAAGAAUCACUCGAACAUUUCUUGCUGCCAUUAAUGAAAGCCCCAAACAGUCAUUAAACUUACUGUUAGAUACUGGCAUGGUCGAUGUACAGUCCGAAGAUGAUAUUAAUGAGCGCAAUUGCCUUCAUCAAGCUACGAUUUACGGCAACACUUUUGUAUUGGCCGUCGGACUUUCCAAGGGGGUAACUGUUAGCCGAACUGAUGUAUAUGGGCGGGUACCAUUACAUUAUGCGUGUAUGCAUGGUCGACUUGAUAUGAUGGAGGAGUUGCUGAAUGCGGAUCAUUCUACAAUUGAUCUGAUAGACCACGACAACUUCACUCCUCUUAUCCAUGCGAUUAUUCACGGCCAUAUAGAAUGUGCUCGGAGGUUACUUGCGCGGUCUGCCAGAAUUGACCCAAUAUCCGAUGCAGACCAUGUCCCUCUAAAUCUGGCUUGCGAGCAUGGCUCCAUUGCAAUCGUUGAACUUCUUCUUCAACACGGCGCGAACAUUCUUCCAGAUGCUGAAGGUCUAUAUCCUCAACAUCUCGUUGCACGAUCUGGUCAGACGCCACAAUUACUUCUCUUGUUGAAGAGCUAUGGCGCAGAUCUCAACCAAAUCGACAAACUUUACUCAUGGACACCACUCUUUCACGCAGCUAGUGAAGGAAAUGUCCCAUGUAUGCAAACAUUACUGGAUGUUGGAGUUGAGACCCAUGUUCGAGAUGAAAAAGAUCUUUCCGCUAUGUAUUAUGCGGCAUGGGAAGGAUAUCUAGAGUGUAUGAGACUAUUAUCCUCUAUUUCGCAGUCAUCCAGAGGUGGAAAGGCGAUUUCAGUUCCAAUUCUUGGGCCCACGAUGGGAAGCAGUUCUCCUAUGCCAAUGAGCAUUGAUGCUGAUGGUAUCCCUGAUUUGGAAUUACCACCUCCUAUUAUUCCAUUACGACGAUAUGGUCAUAAUUUCCUUGAUACGAAGACUUUCAUACAAAUCAGUUUUGUGGAAGAAAAUGGGGAGCAACCGAUGAUCUUUUUCCAUGACAGCAAAUAUCCGGCAGCGCGUCUCACAAUUUCCUCCAAACUUUCGGAUUUGAUACCCAAGAAUAUUUUACUCCCAUUUCAGGAAGAUACCCGGCUUGUUUCAUUUCAGAUUGAUAAUUUAGAUUCUUUUGCCAUCGAUUUUGAUGUCUUUCCCACAUAUGGGGCUAAAGUCAUCGCAAAGACUGUCGCUUUACCCAGUACUUUUCGAGCAUUGGAAAGCAGUUCCGGCCGUUGUUGUUUGCCCCUAUUCGACCCACGCUUAAGAGCUAUAGGACAGAUUACCUUCAAUUUCCAAGUUAUCAAACCAUUUCAAGGCAAGCCACUGGAAAUUACGGAUUUCGAGACUUAUUGGAAAGCUACGAGUCAAUUCGACUCAAGACCAAGUGCUUUUAUCACUGGAUCCAGUCUGUCUGGAGACUACAUUCAACUUUUCGUCCAACAUACUUGUGAUGGGGUUCCAGUUCUCUGGCCAUAUUGGAACAUUACCUAUAACGAUAUCGAAUUUCCAGUUUGUCGUCUAACUUACUCCCAAUUUAUAAGUGCAGGAUCAACUCAGGGUAGAUUAACCAAGGACCUACUUGCUCUACCUGAAAUGCCAUUGGAAAACAUCACCGAGAUUCAUGCUAUACUCGCGACGUCGGCUGUGUCACUCGAAGAUGCCCUUUCUUUGCUCCCCAAAGGCAUGCAUGCCAACAUCCAAAUAUUAUACCCGACCUUGGAUGAAGAGAAGCACAUGCAAUUGAGCCCCAUAGUAAACAUCAACACGUUUGGUGACGCCAUUCUUGCGAUGGUUUUUGAUCACGCAAGAAAACUCCGAAAACAUUCCCCGAAUUCUAUGAGAUCGAUCAUUUUUAGUUCAUACAACCAUACCAUCUGCACAACUCUCAACUGGAAACAACCCAAUUAUCCCGUUUUCUUAUGCAAUGAUCUGGGCCGUGAAGAGAAAGCAGGUCAACAAGUAGGACUGGAGGUUAGUGGAAAGAGAACUACCUCUAUCAAGGAGUCGGUCAGGAUUGCGAAGAAUAAUAAUUUCAUGGGAUUGAUUUGUUGUUCUAGACUUUUGGAUAUGGUACCAGCAUUAAUUGAAGCAAUCAAAUCACAAGGACUCGUCUUAGUUAUUGACAAAUCUGCAGAGCCGGUAGACGAGAAGAGAUCGUAUAAUGAUCCACUCCCGAGAUUACCGGAUGGGGUUGAUGGAGUCUUGAAGACAAAUGGUAUACUGAGAUUCAAUGAAAGUAUUGAUAUGUAG